AUGGUUGACUUGGUCAAAUGGUGUCUGUACGUCUCGUACUAUUACGGACGUUAUACCGGGGUGAUCAACUUUGAGAUUGACUUGAAAACGGCUACGGAAACCAUGCAGCUAGCAAUGGGACUAAUACUGUCGCGAAAAUACCUUACCAUCAUUAUGGCUCUGGGGGUCUGGUCAAUCAUAACCUUAACAGCCAUUAUAAAUGUGAUCAUAACCCAGUAUUAUAUUGCAAUUGCCCAUAUACGUGGGCUCUAUAUGCUCCUGAAUAAGGAACUAGAGGCCAUUUUAACCGAAGCUAAGUCACUAAUUCCCAACCGACGUGGGGUCUUUAUGACCAAAUGUUGCUGUCUAGCCGACCGUUUGGAUAAGAUCGCUCAAACACAAUCUGAGCUUCAGGAUCUAACAGAUCGCCUUUCGAACACCUAUGAGCUACAGCUUCUCUGCAUGGCCGUUACCUACUAUUUGAACGCAGUGGGAAGCUUCUACAUGAUGUUUAGUGUUGGAAAGUAUAAAAACUUGAUCGAGGACUGGCCUCCAAUCGUAAUACUCUUAGGAGCUCUAUAUUUUUUGUUUUUCUUCCUCGAUAACUGGGUAACUAUGAACAAUUCUUUUCAUCUGUUGGACGUCCAUGCUGAAUUGGUAAAGCUGAUGGAACAGCGAACUUUAUUUUCCCCAGGCUUGGACAAUCGUUUGGAGAAAACCUUUGAAAGUUUCGAACUCAACCUGGCGCGCAGUCCAUUUAAGCUUCGGUAUUUCGGAUUUUUUGAGGCUGACCGAUCCACUUGUUUUUCUUGGUGUAACUCUAUGAUAACCAACUCUAUAUUCCUAAUUCAGUAUGAUAUACAGAAUUUCUGA